CGCAAAGUUUGGAGGCUGGAUACCACUGCCAGGCGCUUUUAAUUCAACGUCAUUCAUCUUGCAGGCCCACCUGGGCGCCCACAAUGACAUGCAACUUUCUGACAAGGCAAGCUGGCAGGAGGGCGUCCCAAUGCGUCCUGCAAGACAAUUAAAGCUUGCUAAGCAACCUAGAAAGUGGUUUUAUGUUGUGUUCAGCUUGCGGAUUGGACGCAGUGUCUCAUUGGUUUGUAUGUCACGCUGAUAAACCUGUCAGAGGAUGGGGCAGAAAAAGCGGAAGCCAGGUAGGACUGGAAAUCAAACGGUUGGCAGCCCAAAGAAUGCAGAGCCUCCGACCUUUGAGACUACUGUAAAUGAGGGCAGUUCAAAGAGCAAUGCGGCUUUGGAGCUGGAGACAAGUACGUUGUCAAAGUUUCUCCAAGCUGACUCUGCAGCGGUCCAGGAGCGCGUUGAGCGAAUCCAGGAGCUGCUGGGGAGCGAGACAGAGCUCACCCUCGCGCAGCGCGCCGACUUGGUCUACAACCGGCGCCCCGAGAUCCUGGACCUCGUGAGCGACCUCCAGCAGGCGUACCUUAUCCUUGCCAGGCGCUACGACCACGUCGCAGGAAAGGUCGUCCGCCUCGUCAAAAGCGCAGACUCUCCGGUUCUGGACGCACCCAUCCUCCAACCCCUGAGCGCCACGAAGCGCCGCCCCGCAAAGGGCAGCAACGGGAAUUCUAAACGGGGGGGAGAUGAUAGGGCUGCAAGUGCGUCCCCUUCACCCUCAGAACGGACGACUUCUCCUUCCCCCGAGGGCUCCAAUUUGAACCCAGAUGCUGUCCCCUUUGUGGCGGUCCCCCAGUCGCCGCAGCUCAAUCCUGCAGCUCCGCCGUUCACACCCUCUCACCCAAUCCUGACUCCCAGCACUCCAAACGGCAUCAGUGCCCCGGCCCCCAACCAAAACACACUGCUCGGCAAGCUACGAUUAGCGGGUGCUGAUGCUGAGGGGGAUCCCGAGACCCCCCGCAUGAGUACGUUCCGUUUCAAGGACGUAAAGGCCAGCGGCGGGUACAACGUGGAAGAAGAAGGACCACUGCAUGCUGGCCACCUCUACGGCGAUCUUUUGGGCGAAGGCCCUGUGCACGCGGGGCACGCCACCGGUUCCUGGGUGCCCGAAUCUGUGUUGAACACAGAAGACCCGCUACAGGGCCCCGACAUCCAAGAAGUUGUGUCGUCGGCUGUCAAAGGCGCGAGCACAGAAGCAGAGUUGGACUCGGAGGGAGAGCCGCUGCGAGACUCGCAGCCGCUGUCGGCGUUCCUUUGCGCUGCGCAGAUCCAGGAGGCGGCGGGGCGGAAACAGGGCCUCUCCGACGCCCCGCGCGAGCUGAGCCUGAGCGCAGGGCUGGAGGAGGGCCCUGUUCACGCGGGGCACGCGCUGAUGAUCCGGGGCGCCAGCACCAAGUUCGAGCGGGAGUUGCGGCUGACGGCGCAGAUGGCCGAGGCGCUGGCGAGGGACCAGAUGCAGGCACGGAAGUUUUCGGACCUGGAUUCAGAGUUUGUGCUGCAAGUGAAGAAGGACGGGCAGCCGGCGCGGCCGGUGGUGAAGCAGUCGCUGCUGGAAGAGAUGAUCUGCCAGGACAGGGGGGCGAGCGAAGAGGACAAGAAGCAGCUGGAGGGCAUUGGGGAUCCGGUGCAAGAAAGCGGGCAGCAUUCGGACGCGUCGGACGUCGAAGCGGAGCCGCUGCGGGCGUCCGUCCUGGAGGCAGAGCGGCUGCGGGGCGAGGUGAGCGAUCUGGUGGCCCAAAAGCGCGAAGCCAUCCGCUACCUCACGGAGUGCGUCGACGUCAUCCGAGACGAGAAGAAAGACGUGGCAGCGGCAGCGGCACGCCUGGCGGCGGAGAACUUUGCGCUGCGAGAGCAGCUCGAAGAAGUUUUGGAAGCGCGGGGUGGGGGGCUUCGGGGGUUUGGAGACGACCGGCAGGGGUGGGGAGAAGUGAUUGCGGAAGCGUUGGAGUAUGGGGAUGUGGACCUCAGCGGGCUAGCGGAGUCGCUGAGAGCGCAUGCGGCUAGUCCGUCCACCAGUAACGGAAACGGAGAGGGACGCAAAGCGAAGGGAAUUGUGAUUCGGGAGCCGGAAGCAGGGAGUAAGAAGGGAAUAGAAAGUGGGGAAUCGAGUGUAGCGGAUGUAGCUGGGGACCGCAAAGGAAAGGGGAAGGUUGAAGAAGAGGCGCCGUUGGAUAAGGGGCGGAAUGGAGGGGGUGGGAAGUCGGCGUUGCAGGAGCUGCGGGAAGAGAACGAGUCUUUGCGAAGAGCUCUAGCAGCGGUAGGCGAGAAACAGAGCCGGAGAUGACCGCUUGAGAGGUAAGUAUAAGGCCAGCCCACUCCAGAAGACCAGAAAACAGUCGCGGAGCAGUACGUUCGGGUUCAUUGUAACUAAACGUUAGUUGCUUGGUAAAGGUACGGUUUGAUGAGCCGGUGGAGGCAUGGCAGCUCCACCUCCCUAGGAACCUGUGCAGUUUUGAGAGGGGCAAAGGUUUCGAGUCGGGUUGAGCUUGACAUCCGUUUGUAGUAUUCAGAUAAUUAGACGUUGAUUUCAGAAGUGCCUUUGUAAGCCCUUGCUGUACAGCGAUUCAGAGUGUCGAGUCAGCUUGUAUUGGGUCGAGGUUGGUCUUACAUACGUUCUACAAUGAAGUGCAUUUUCGGAGUUGCUAUUGUCUGCGGACGUUUGGAUCUCGUAAUGGGUAGCUCACAGACAGGCUUUUGUCCUAAGUAGAGAACUUGAUCGGUCGUGCGUGAAAAGAAUGGAUUACGUCUUGAGUAGGUUGAAUCUUGUCAGUUAAGUUCGGCAAUGCAGAGUUAAAGAGGAGUCCGACCGCGCUUAGACUUGUUCAAACAAUGGGGUGUCCUUCCAAGUCUCAGGAAUCUGUUUUGCACCGCA